GCUAGCCUCGUAUUUAGCCUGCCUAGCCUCGCAGCUAGCUAGUUAGCUAGAUAACAUCAAAUCACAGGUAAACACAGGACGGCGCAGACAGCUUUUCUGUUUUCUAAAAAAGCAUCUGCUAAAUGCCUGUCAGUCGAGGAUUACACGGCUAAUACGAUGAGCUUAGUCUCUACCGUCAACGCCGUACUUGAUUUAGCUCGCUUGUUAGCACUACUAGUUUAAUAAGAAACGUUAUGUGUUUCGAUUAUUAUGAGUAACAUUGCUGACAGAAGAAAAUCUUUAUGGCUUCAACACAUUAUUCAGGCCAGUCUGUCCAUCUGGGGAUGGGGGGGUCUUGGAGUCGUGCUUUUCCUCAUCACCUUUGGACCCUUUGCUAUAUUUUAUCUGGCCUUCUACAUCUUCUGCUUCGUCGGAGGGGGUUUUGCCGUCACGCUGUUGUACGGGAGGACCAACUCAGAGAAACACCUGGAGACGUGCGAGCACUCUUACCUGCCGCCCACGGCAACGGGUAUCCUGAAGACGCUGGAUGAGAUGAAGCUGGAGCAGAAGCCCAUCAAGAUCGACCGGAGGCUGACCGGCUCGAACUUCAUAGACGAGCCACUGCAGCAGGUCAUCCAGUUUGCGUUGAGGGACUAUAUCCAGUACUGGUACUACACUCUGAGCGAGGACGACUCUUUCCUACUGGAGAUCAGACAGACCCUCCAGAAUGCACUCGUCCAGUUCUCCACACGGUCCAAAGAGGUGGACUGGCAGCCUUACUUCACCACUCGUCUGGUGGACGACUUCGCCACUCACCUGCGAGUCUUCAGGAAGGCCCAGGACAGGCUGGGAGAGAGGGAGGACAACAAGCAUAGAGAUGUAUCUGAAGAGCUGGUGGACUCGUUCUUCGAGGCCGAGGUGGAGAUGGAGAGGAAGAUCUGUCGAGACGUGGUGUGCACCUCUCACAAAGACGAGGAGGGUUUCCUGAGGGACCUGUGUGAGGUGCUGCUGUAUCUGUUACUACCUCCUGGAGACUUUCACAACAAGAACAUGAGGUACUUCCUUAGGGAGGUCCUGGCUCGAGGGGUGCUACUUCCUUUGAUCAACCAGCUCAGCGACCCAGACUACAUCAACCAGUUUGUCAUCUGGAUGAUCAGAGACUCAAGCUGUAACUACGAGGCCUUCAUGAACAUUCUGAAGCUGACAGACAGAGUGGCCGAACUGGAAGCGGUCAAAGACAAGGCCCUGGAGGAACUCCAGUACCUGCGCUCGCUGGACACGGCGGGAGAUGACAUCAACGUGAUAAAGAAUCAGAUCAACAGUCUGCUGUUUGUGAAGAAAGUGUGUGAGACCAGGAUCCAGAGGCUCCAGUCAGGCAAGGAGGUGGAUGCCUUGAAACUGGCGGCCAACUUCGGCAAGCUGUGCAUCAUACCUCUGGAGCACAUCCUAGUGCACAACAUCGCCCUGCAGUUCUUCAUGGACUACAUGCAGGCAGCGGGGGCCCAGGCGGAGCUGUUCUUCUGGCUGACGGUGGAGGGCUACCGGGUGACUGCCCAGCAGCAGCUGGAGGUGAUGGAGGCCCUGCAGAAGGACGGCAGGAAGCAGGCGGGGGCCACCAAAGGCCUGCUGAAGGCCGCAGCGCUGGGCGUGUUCGAGCAGUACCUCUCUGACAAGGCCUCCCCCAGGGUCCAGGUGGACGAGGCCAGUGUGGUGAGGCUGGGGGAGAAGCUGCAGAAGGAAGACCCCACGCCAGAAAUAUUUGACGACAUCCAAAGAAAGGUGUAUGACAUGAUGCUGCGUGAUGAGAGGUACUACCCCUCCUUCAGACAGAGUCCUCUGUACGUGCGCAUGCUGGCUGAGCUGGACAUGCUGAAGGAGCCCAGCUUCAGAGGUUCAGACGACGGGGACGGAGAAUCAUUCAACGGUUCUCCGACAGGAAGCAUAAAUCUGUCUCUGGACGACCUGUCAAACUCCUGCCAUGACGAUACUAUGCAGCUACAUGCCUUCAUCUCUGAUACAGCUGAUGCUUCUCUCCCCCUCCUGCUGGGCGCAGGGGUGUGUAACGACCACGGUAAGACCUACGCGCUGUACGCCAUCACCGUGUUCCGCCGCAGCCAAGACGGCAGCGAGGACUGCUGGAAGACCUACCGCCGCUACUCUGACUUCCACGACUUCCACAUGAGGAUCACGGAACAGUUCGAGAACCUGACCUCUAUCCUCAAACUUCCGGGGAAAAAGACUUUCAAUAACAUGGACAGAGAAUUCCUGGAGAAGAGGAAAAAAGACCUCAAUACAUACUUACAGUUGCUGCUGAACCCAGAGAUGGUGAAGGCCUGCCCCACUAUUGUUCCGUACGUGUAUGAUUUCCUGGAGAACAAGGCCUACAGCAAGGGCAAGGGAGACUUUGCACGCAAGAUGGACACGUUUGUGAACCCGCUCCGCAGCUCCAUGAGGAACGUGUCCCAGGCCGUCAAGUCGCUCCCUGACAGCCUGGCCGAGGGGAUGAACAAGGUCUCCGACAACAUGGGCCGCAUGUCAGAGAGGCUGGGGCAGGACUUCAAGCAGUCCGUAUUCAAGGUGCCUCCGAUGCUGCCCAAGUCCAACAUCGACCCGGAACACUGCCGAGUCUCCGCCCAGCUGGAUGAUAACGUGGAUGACAACAUCCCCCUGCGUGUAAUGCUCCUGCUGAUGGACGAGGUGUUCGACCUGAAGGAGAGGAACCAGUGGUUACGCAGAAACAUCAAGAACCUUCUGCAGCAACUCAUCAGAGCCACCUACGGAGACACCAUCAACAGGAAGAUCGUGGAUCAUGUGGACUACAUGACUUCUCCAGAGCAGGUGGCAGACUACGUCAAGAAGUUCAGGGAUUCAUACUGGCCCAAUGGUAUUCUGGCUGAGACUCUACCUCGCCGGGACAAGAGCAUCCGCAUGAGGACACGAGUUGCUGCCAAGACCAACCUCCUGGGGAUCAUGCCAGACGAGCUAAAGCACAUCAUCGGAGCAGACACCACCCGCAAGGGCAUCCUCCGCGUCUUCGACAUGUUCCAGCACCAGCCCAUGAACCGCCGCCUGGUCUACGUGUUCCUCGAGGGCUUCCUAGAGACCAUGUUCCCCCAGUACAAGUUCCCCGAGCUGUUCGUCAAGCUGCACUCCCGCUCGCCGCGCACACACAGAUACUCGCAGAAACAAAAAGCCUGCUUCAAGAGGUGACAGUAGGGAAGGGAACGAGCGCACGCACGCACUCGGUUUGUGGCUGAGGUGAGGCGUGUGUAGGUUAUACGUGACGAUUAGGUGAAGAGUGUUUGUGUGAGGGAACAUUAUUAGUCUGUGUCCUUCCUACGAACGAGUUAUCACUGCUCCCUUCCUUGCCGGACUAGCCUAGGUAACGAGAUCUCCGCCAAGAGUUCCUCACACUGAGUCAUCUCUCACAAACACAGGAACUUAACCCCCCACCACCACCACCUCCUCUCCCAUUCGUGCCACCAAGAGACUAAAUGUAGCGGGCGAUUAUGGGAGGAGGUUAUGUUUAUUUCAAUCUUUUUUUUUUUUUACCCCUUUUUUCUUUUAAGUUUCUGUUUGAAGAUUAUUGUUUUUAUUUGAUCUGUGUGGUCAGCCCAGAGCGGACCACAGACAUCUCAUGUAUGCUUUUAACCUGCAGGAGUAGAGAUAGUGUGGGGGUAUGGAACAUGCUACCCCCCCCCCCCCCCCUUCACGCCUUACCCCCUUAUGCCCCGCCUCACCCGCCCCUCUCUGCUUCUGUCUCCUGAGUAGCUAAGGCUGAGGGCCGUCUGGCCAGUUUUUUUUUUAUUGCACCUAAAUUCAACGUCUUCAAACCAGCCCGAGGCACAGGCAUCGUCUUUAAUCACCAUUUUCUAAAAUGUCACCAGUGUAUGAACACAAAGCGUCAUGGUAUACGUAUUGAUAUUAGCAAAUUUGUCUGUAGCGGUAGGUCAAUUCAACUCGAGAUGGCAGAUACGGGGGCUGUUGAGAUUAUUUAUUCAGAAGAUUUUUUUCUGACGCAAGGCCUUCAACAUGAUGUUCCAAGAAGGGUUCUGACUUUGGUUUUCGCUGUUCUUGAUUUUUUGUGUGUGUGUGUGGUUGUUAUUUUAUUUGUCUGAGAAGUGACAUCACCUAUGCUUAACCUAACCCUUCUAGGAUAGGCUAAGGCACACCCGUUUUUAACGCUACUGUCGUAACCCUGACAACCAAAGCUCCAGCUGUUCUCUGUAUACGUUUGUAUGUAUGAUGUGGGGACACUGACAGCAUAACUGUGGUUCGUAUUGAUUAUCAUGUGAGGGGGAAAAAAACGACACUCAAGAACAUGAGACUACAGAGCAGGAUGAACUGUGUUACUCUUGGUCCCUGUCGAGGGGAGAUCUCUGGCUGUCCAAGCAUACAGAGAUAUGCUGCAAAGAAUGUACUGGUGACUGGUCUAUAGUGUAUUCCUUUGUUCUGAAUGAGAAGGUGUGAGUGUGUGUGUGUGUGUGUGUGUGUGUGUGUGUGUGUGUGUGUGUGUGUGUGUGUGUGUGUGUGUGUGUGUGUGUGUGUGUGUGUGUGUGUGUGUGUGUGUGUGUGUGUGUGUGUGUGUGUGUGUGUGUGUGUGUGUGUGUGUGUGUGGAUGUACAUGCGAGUGUGUGUUAGCACUAAGAUGCAAUCCUCCUCAGUCAGAAACUGUGCCAGUGUAAGUUAGUGAACCAGCCUUAAUAUUACAGACCAAGAGAUGCGUGCUAGAAGUAGCUCUUCUUACACAUGACUACGUCACAGAAAGGAAAACAGAAAUGGAGAUAUAUCCCUAGUUAAUCACUUUUAAUUUUGUGCAAUAUUUUUCUUUAAUGCAUGUAUAUUCAAAUAAUUGUAUAUUGAAAAAAACAAAAGACACGUCAAUACUGUUUGGAGAAACAACACAAAAGUCGACAGAAUUUUCCCUUAAAAAAAAAAAAAGGAAAAAAAAUCAGAUGAUCCCAACAACUUACAUUCCGUUGAUGUAAAGUACAGUGUUUUUUACAGACUUGUUUUAUAAGUCUUAUUCUUCUUCUCUCACUCCUGGUGAAUCUGCGCUCUCCCUGUCGACUCGGUAGUAGCAAGAGAGUUCCGAGCAGCGGGGAGACUGAAGACCUGAGAGGCAGUUGAUCUAAAGUUAACUGUCACUCCUUGAACAAGCUGGAAUGCUUGUUGGUUCAGUGACAGCAAAUGGGGCUCAUGCAUACAAACCUGUUCCCUUGUCCGAUUCUCUGUUUCUGAUGUAUGAACCAAUGCCAGGAUGGAGAGAAGCAUCUCCUGACCAAUAGCAUCACAGGAAAUCUGUCCUGUGACCAAUAGAAUCACUGCUGAAGAGCACUUACCGGAGAGAGACUGUGGGAGAGCCAUCCUAUUGGCUGAACAGAGCUCCAUUCUGCUGCUGCCAUUGGAUGGAACUGUCCCUUGUCUGCUGUGAUUGGCUUGCACUGAGCAGGACUGGGGGAUUCUGAUUGGCUAAAUGAGGACAUGAACUCUGACCUCGAUGCUAAAAAGGGAGGAGGAUGUUUGUCACUGUACUGGAAGAGGUGACAAAAGGUGACUAUGCCUUUUAGGCAUCGCCUCAUUGCUCCAUGUAGGAUGGCUUGUCAGGUUUAUUUUUAAUUUUAUCCCCAGUACAUAUGAAUCUAUGAAAAUUGUGCAUAUCGAUGUACAGUGUGUAUCAAUAGUGUGCCUAAAUGUACUGUCAACUCUAUUUUCAUAUUUUUCUUUAACAAAACAACAACAAAAAGAAUCAGAAUGUCACAGUCAUUUUAUGCGACUUAAAAGGACUUUUAGGGUGUUUUUGCAUCAUGCUUAUCAACUCUUCCUUUGGAGCAGCUACGCUCAGAACAGUAUAACACUAAUAAUAAAACAGUAACUCAGACUAACUGACCA